AUGUACAGAGUCAAAAGCUAUAUGCAACUUCUCCAUGUUUUUCUCCUUGUGGUAUUACCAUACUUGAACCUUGUUCUCUCCUCCUCAGGAGUUGGAGAGCAUGCUGAAACAAUCAGAUGCAAUGAGAGGGAGAGACAAGCUCUCCUCAACUUCAAACAAGAUCUUAUCGACGAUUAUGGUCGUCUCUCUUCUUGGGGGAGUACUAAAGACUGUUGCAAAUGGGAAGGGGUCCACUGCAACAACCACAAUACUACUACAAGUCACGUAACCAUGCUCGAUCUUCAUACAACGGAUGAUUAUCUUCUUUAUCAGCCUCUGGGAGGUAAGAUUAGCCCUUCAUUGCAUGAAUUACACCAUUUGAGGUACUUGGACCUUAGUUUCAAUGAUGAUUUAUAUGGCCCAAUUCCUCAGCAAUUCAGCAACCUUUCCAACUUGAGGCAUCUUGAUCUCCACGGAAAUUAUAUGUUGAAUAUCGAAAACCUUGAGUGGCUAUCUCAUCUUUCUUUACUAAGUCACCUUGACCUCUCUUUGGUUGAACUCAGCAAAGCAACUGGUUGGGUUCAAUCUAUCAGUAAUCUCCCUCUCCUCAAAGAGUUGCACUUAUCCCGUUGUUCCCUUCCUGAUAUCACAGCUUCAUCCUCCUUCAGUUCUAAUUCUUCUGUGUCCCUGUCCUUCGUUGAUCUUUCUUUCAACAGUCUAUCUUCUUCGAUAUACAAUUGGUUGUUCAACUUCACUAGCAGCCUUGCUUAUGUUGACCUCGGAUAUAACGAAUUAAAAGGUUCGAUUCCAGAUGCAUUCGGAGACAUGCUUUCCCUCACAAUCCUCAGUCUCUCUUGGAAUCAACUUGAAGGCGGCCUUCCGAAAUCCUUUGCGAAUUCAAGUCAUUUGCAGUCUUUGGAUCUGUUCUAUAAUAAUCUAACGGAAGAGCUUCACGAGUUUUUGCAAAAAAUGUCCACGGCAAAGAAUUCAUUAGAGAGUUUGGAUUUAUCUUCCAACCGGCUUAAAGGUCCAUUGCCAGAUUUCACUAGAUUUUCUCUCUUAAGAACAUUGUACCUCAAUAAUAACUCAUUGAGUGGGUCCUUCCCAAAAGAUAUUGGAAGCUUUCCGAGUCUCAUUUAUCUGUCUUUGUCGGGAAAUCAAAUUACAGGGUCAUUCCCCGAUCUUUCAGUGUUUCCUUCAUUGCAAACCUUAGAUCUGGAAAACAAUAAGUUGAAUGGGACUAUAGACAAAAGUAUUGGACAACUUCACAAGCUCAGGGUUUUCAGCUGUGCUUUCAACUUAUUAAAUGGCACAAUCUCUGAAGCACACUUCUCUAAUCUCUCAAGUUUGUGGUAUUUGGACUUCUCUUAUAAUGCACUAACUUUUAACUUCAGUUCUGAUUGGGUUCCCCCUUUCCAACUUGAUGUUAUAAAGUUUUCGUCUUGCAAGUUGGGUCCUCGUUUCCCAAAGUGGCUUCGAACUCAAAACAAAUUUUAUGUGCUUGAUAUGUCUAGUAAUGGAAUUGCGGGUAAUUUUCCCAGCUGGUUCUGGGAUCUAUCCCCAGGAUUUAGAUAUUUAAAUCUCUCUCACAACCAGAUUAAUGGCUUGUUGCCUGAUCUAUCUUUGAAGGUUCAGGGUACUCUUCCUUGGAUAGAUUUAAGUUAUAAUCUUCUUACAGGUCCAGUACCACCAAUUCCUCCAUCUCUAACUUUUUUGAAGCUCUCCAAGAAUAAGUUUAGAGGGUCACUUUAUUCAUUAUGUGCAAAUACUAGCGGGUGGCUCAUCUAUCUUGACCUUUCAAAUAACCUACUAUCGGGAGAGCUUCCAUAUUGUUUGUCCCACUUCAAAAAACUAUCCAUCAUUAGUUUGGCAUACAACAAUUUGUACGGUGAAAUUCCUAUCUCUAUCGGCUCGCUAAGUCAAGUUCGAAUACUGAACUUGUGCAGUAACAAUUUAUCCGGGGAAGUGCCAGCAUGGUUGGGGACAAACCUGAUAAGUUUGAGUGUCCUUAUUCUUCGAUCCAACGAGUUCAACAGAAGCAUACCUCGACAGUUAUGUCAGCUUAACCGCAUUCAAAUCUUGGACUUAUCCCAGAAUCAUUUGUCAGGAAAUAUACCACCGUGCUUUUCCAAUUUUACUUCUUUGGUGGAAAGUAAUUAUUAUGAGGUCCCCACAGAUUACAAUUACGGACCGUAUGCUCGUGAUGGGGGUGAUGGUUUCAUGUAUGUUAGUGGCACAUAUGUAUCUAAUGCAUUCGUGCAAUGGAAAGGACAAGACCAGGAGUACGGCAAAAAUCUAAGACUACUAAAGACCAUUGAUCUUUCUAGCAAUAAAUUAUCCGGAAAAAUUCCUGAACAAGUUGGGAGUCUUGCAGGGUUGGAUUCCUUGAACCUCUCGAGAAACAUUUUGACAGGAAAAAUCAUCCAAGAGAUCGGUCAGAUGAAAAUGUUGGAAUCUCUUGACUUGUCUGCAAACAAAUUUUCUGGUGAAAUUCCUAGAAGCCUUGCUCAUCUAAAUUUUUUGAGUGUUUUGAACCUGUCAAAUAACAACUUGUCUGGCGAAAUCCCAUUAAGCACACAACUCCAAAGCUUUAAUGCUUCUGCAUAUUCUGGGAAUCCUAACCUUUGUGGGCUUCCACUUCCCAACAAGUGCCUUGGAGAUCCUCCAAUUACUCCCCGACCCAAAGACAAAAGCAUUCAAGAAGAUGAGGAUAGGUCCAUUACUCAAGGAUUUUAUGUUAGCAUGGGCCUUGGUUUCUUCUUCGGAUUUUGGGGAGUUUUUGGCACUAUAAUUAUCAAUAGUCGGUCUCGACAUGCAUUUUUCAUGUUCCUGAACCACAUAACGGAUUGGAUCUAUGUGACCGUUGCAUUGAACUGGGCUAGACUACAAAGGAGGCUUUAGAUCCUAUCGAUAAUGUUUGGUUGCGGCACCUUUCCAAGGAGAUAUCUAAAUUGACUACAUUUUAUAGGACCUCUCCGGUUCUCCUGCUAUGUUGUUCAACGAGCCCAUGCUUUAGCAGCAUAAGCCUUAGUUGAUUUUGUUGAUAGUCUUAGCAAGGGAUACAAGAAUGGUCGCUACAUGCCCCGCAGAUUAUUCUUCUUACCCUAUUAAUGUUUGCUUUUGUUGACGACUCCAGAAACCAUAGCCAUCUCUAAUUAUCCUUGUUUGGCAGUUCUGUAUAUUAUUGGGUGCAGUGUGUUUAUUCUCUGUUCUUUUUUA